CUGCAAAGACACUACGCAACGUAUCAUGAAGCUCGAGAUCCCAUGGAGCCCCUGCCUGGGGACCCGCCGACGAUCGCUGGGCGGACACCCAUUGCCUGCCAGAACUGUGCCAACGCGAAGACGGGUUGCGACAAGAGGGUGCCUUGUGGGCGUUGUUCCGAGAAAAACCUGCCCUGUGAAGCCCGCUAUGCAAGGCGAUCGUCCAAGGCGGCAGUCCGCGCCGCCCAAGCGAGCGCCGCCUUCCAGAAUGCCCUUGGCCAAUCAACUCAGCAAACACAACCGACCGGGGCAAUCACCGUGGCCUCUAUGGACGCCAACCAGAGCGGAGUGAAAGCGGAGGGCAACAGCUCUCCCACCGCCAUCGAGGUUGCCAUACCAGGGUUGAGUAUUGCCGAAGGCUCCCCGCGGAAGGCCUCUCCCUAUCACCCUCAAGUCAGCCCGGGCGACUUUCCGUCUCCCCACGCACGGAUUGAGGGCGGACUGGACGACUUCAUGCAUGUGGGCCAUGAAUUUGCCCCUCAGGAUGCGUCAUACCAAGACCUUAUGUUGUGGCCAGAGUUUUCCAUGAACUUGGAUGUCUACCCAAAUGUCGUACCCCUCGGCAGGGCGGACAUUCCGAUGUCGAUUUUUCCCGAGCUCAACGCCGUCUCGCCGCCAUCUCAGCCGCUGACUGCGUCCUCGUCGUCACGGGGCUCGAUACAAACCCCUGGGACAAGCAUCAUGUCAGCCGGCGAUUUGGACCACACCUUGAAGCCGAUGGAGCUCUCACCGGCCGCACCGAUGGACAACUCGAUCCCCGAAUUUGAGGUCGUCAUGGUGGCCGAAGGGGCGUGGAACCUGGCAAGGUGCAACCCUGGCCUUUCCGGCAACUGCCCGCGCACUGCCAUAGUGCACCUUGAAUGCCUGGAGCAGAAGUCCAAGCAGGAGGGCACCUGGAGCUCUCUGGAACGGUACCUGGAACGGCUCGAUUGGGAUCCCUCAGACUUGGCUUCGGUCGUGCCACUGACAUCGCGCACGCGAGACAAAAUGCUUGCGAUCACCCAAAGCUUUCUGCACAAAGCCCUCGAAAUCCACCGGGGAGGCGUGAAUGGCUACCCGAAGAGCGGAUAUUCCAGCCCGGGCGACUUCAACUUCAUUGUCCUUCCGUCAACCAAGAUCCUUGAGUACUUCCUGCGCAGCUACGUCCGCAGUUUGUCCGUCUAUUACCCGCUGGUCACGGCCGGCUGCGUGGAUCCGAACGAGAUGCUGCAAAACAACCAAGCAUCGACGCUGCUCGUGUUACUCAUGAUUGCGCAGGGGGCCGCUGCCAUGCCCAUAGCAGAGGCUCGCUACCUCUCGGCCGGUCUGACCGAGACCUGCCGCAUUUCGCUCUUCGACAUCGUGGAAAAGGAUGUCGAGCUCUCGUCAGAUCCCAUUGCCCUCCGAUGCGCUCUGCUUUUCAUCGUUCUCGGCGCCUGGAGUGGCGACAAAUGGCUCAUGGACAUUGCAAUGGGACAGCGGGGCAUGUACAUGUCGAUGCUGAAGCAUGCGGGAAUGUUGGAUCCGCAGCCUUCAAUGAUGCCAACAAUCCACGAUUCGACCGGUGCUGAGCUCGAAUGGCGCGCUUGGGUUCAGCGCGAGACCCGAAACAGGUUGGUCUACAACUACGUUAUGCUCGAUCAAGAGCUCAGUUUAUUUCACGAUACUGCGCCGCUGUUCGCCAUCACGGAUCUUCGGUGCCCCCUGCCGGGGCCCGAAAUUUUGUGGAUGUCGCCCAGCUCGGAGCGCUGGCUUUCGGCAAUGCAAUCGAUCUACGGCUCCGCGGCCAAUGUCAACCCCCAACUUCUCAACACUCCGUCGGCUAGCCCGUCGCUCUACGACCUCUUCCAGGACUUCCUCAAUGACAACCUGUCGAUGGAACAGCCCGGUGUUUCCCCGCAGCAGAUGAGGCUUAUUCUUCACCCUCUGCAAGGGCUACUCUGCCAUCUCCGCCAGAUGCUUGCGUGCUUUUCGGACACGCCCAGCACACGGCGCACCGGCGCGCGACUAGUGACCAAAAACUCGACCCUCCAUCGAUUGGAGGAGGUGCAGCAACUGCUGCAGAAAUGGUACGACCUCUCGGCGAACUACACCAAGGCGAAUCCGGACUGUCCCGUUGCCCGGUGCAACCUGGUUCUUUACCAUCUCAUCUCUCUAAACGCGGUGAGCAACUUCGUCGAGAUUGAACGAUUUGCCCGCCGUGAGGGCUUCGAGCAUUGGUACUGGGACAUCCCCAAGCUCAACAAACGGUGCAUAUUCAAUCGCGAGGACGCGAUUUUCCACUGCGGCCAGGUGUUCCGGCUGCUCCGACUCAUGCCCAAAGACCGUCGACCGGCCUGGUGGUCCGUCGCGAUGUACCGGCCUACGCUUAUCCUGUGGGCCGACAGCGUGUCCAGGGUUUAUUCGGGCGCCCAGGCGAGCAAGGGGGGUGAGGCUGCGCCGCCAUCAACCGCGCCGGUUAUUAUUGACCAGGUGACACCUGAGGAUCCCGCCAUCAACGCCUUCGUGUGGAACGGGAAUGGGGUGCCGAUGUUGACGCGAACAAAUGGCACAACGGUUACACUGGACAAGCCCGCGGACAUCCUUUCCUACGCCAUUCAGAACAUCGAGGCCGGCUUCAGCUCACGCCUCAGCGACGGAAUCAAGCGGAAGCUGAUUACGCUGGGGAAUAACUGGAGCGUGGAUGCUAUGGAAACAUCCCAGGCCGGCAGCGGCGCGGGCUAGCUCCGGAGACUUGGAGACUUCCCGGAAGGGGGGGUUGCACAGCUUCACUCUUUUUUCCCUUUCUCCCAGUGUCACACCGCUCAGUCUUCAAGGUUGGUUGUUCAUGGUCUCGGCGUUUUUGGAACGAACCGGUCCUGGCGGUUUUGACGGCGUGUUGGUUGGUAUCAGAUUACGGCACUACAGCAAAGGGUUGGGCGCCUUCAUUCAUCGGCUUCCUGACAACGA